AUGUCAGUCCGCGACUGCCGCCAAUUUGCUGGUAUUACAUCCACUAACAACCUCAGUGUCGUUUUCGGUAGCAUCGAUGGGAAGCUUCGCGCUGCCUUCGAGAAACUCACAGCAGUCCACGCCAAGAACGACUUCAGUUUUGCGAUCAUCACAGGCAACCUCUUCGGCUCCCACCACGAUGAGCAGGAACUCGAUGACCUCUUGGAGGGCCGCAUCCCUGUUGCCUGUCCGACUUACUUUACCGUGGGUACCGUCCCUCUCCCCCAGAAGGUAAUCGACCGCAUCAAGAAGGAUGAAGAAAUCGCCCCCAACCUUCACUUCCUCGGCAAGCGUUCCGUCACCAAGACAUUGGAGGGUGUUCGCAUCGUUGCCUUAACCGGGUGCUUGAACACAGAGAUCAUAGCUGGCCAAUCCCAGGAACAACACGAACCGAUGUAUUUCGAGGGCGAUGUCUCGAUCCUCCGCGGCGCCAACUACGCGGAUAUCCUUAUUACGACCGAGUGGCCCGCCAACAUCUGCAACAACAGUGCAAAGGCCCAGGAGCUCAAGUUUCCCCCCAACUUCAAGAGUGACCGCGAGAGCAUCGCAGAACUGUGCGAAGCACUCAAGCCUAGGUAUCACUUCGCCAUGUCGCCUGUGGGCGACUUAUUUUUUGAGCGCGAGCCCUUUGUCUAUCCCGAGUCAGAGAAGCCCGACCACCGUAGGUCUACUUUCACUCGUUUUAUCUCCAUGGCGUGGUUCGGCAAUGAGGCACGGGCAAAGUCAAUGUAUGCCUUUGUCCUCAGAGAUCUGGGCAAUGAUGCCCAGCCCCCUCAGGGCAGCACCCUUUGCCCUUUCACCAAGCGUGUUGCCGUCACUCGAAAGCGUGAACACGACGAGGGCGGUUUUUCACGCUUUGCCCAUGACCACCGCCACCAUGACCAUAAGCGACGCCGGCAGCACUCCCCCCCACCGGGCCCCGACAAGUGCUUCUUCUGCAUAUCGAACCCCAACUUUGCGGUACACAUGGUGUGCGCGGUCGGCCUGGACGCCUACCUGGCCAUCGCCAAAGGGCCACUGCCGGGGCCCGGCACCUUUGCUGACUGCGGGCUGCCCAUACCAGCACACUUCAUCAUCGCGCCCCUCAACCACGCCGCUUCCAUCAGUCGAGCGUCAAUGGCAGAGGACGAGGCCUCACGCACGUUCGCCGAGAUGACCCGCUUCCGCGAGUCGCUGCAGGGCAUGGUCUCCAAGCUUUCGCAGCGCCGCCUGGGUGCCAUCACCUGGGAGAUUAACCGCGCCCGGAAUAUUCAUGUGCACUGGCAGUUCGUGCCCAUCCCCACUGAACUGAUUGCUAAGGGUGUCGUGGAGGGGGCAUUCCGUGUGAUGGCCAAUGAUCUGAAGUUGGGUAACUUUGUGAGCCAGGAGUUCGGGACUGCUGAUGAUAUGCCUGGCGACUAUCUGCGCAUUUGGACUUGGGCGAAAGUUGGUGAUCGGGAUGGUGAGAAGAUUCUUGGCAAUUGCCUUGUGCUCCGCUUUGACAGCCAGGUCCGUUUUGAUCUACAGUAUCCCCGCAAGGUGAUAGCCAGGUUGUUGGACGAGGAGGACCGUGUCACGUGGCAGAAUGUGGUUCAGACUCCGGAGGAGGAGGCUGCCGAUGUUGCAGCGUCCCAGGAGGCCUUCUUUGAGUGGAAUUUUACGUUGGAGCACGAGAAGGAGAAGAAGGAUGGGGCUCAGGAGUAG